AUGCUUCACUACGCCAAGCUGGACAAGUGUUUUUGGGCUGAAGCAGCAAUGACGGCGAUCUACAUCAAGAAUCGUCUGCCUUCACCCAAGUACCAAGAUCAAACCCCGUUUAAGAUCGUCAACGGAUUUGUUGAAAAGACAGCGGCUGUGAAGAAGACACCUCGUCAAGCUGCGUCAAGUGUUGAAGCAAGUGGAAGACCAAGCUUCGCUAUACCGGUGGGUACCGGUAUGUACCAGUAA